ACAAUUACCUUAAUAUAGUUAAGUGAUUUCAAAAUAACAAUUUUUAUGGCGAGUAUUUGUGAUUUUGUAUGUCUAAAGCAAGUCUAAAGGUUCCCUAUGCUCUUCGGACUCAAUCGAUGACAGAGAGUGACACUUCAGCUGUCAGCUGUCACAAUUAAUUAGAUUAGUCUAUGGCGUGCUAUGGCGAAACGUGCCGUAUCGCACGAUAGUUCGCGUAUUUGUGCGAAUUUUAAACUUUAAUUAAUUCGUGUACACUGUGUCUAUUAAAUCAACUUUUCAUAAUUAAUAUUAUUCUUCAUUACACCAGCCGAGUACACAAAGAGUUAUAAUUCCUAUAACUUUGCCGAGUAUUUUUAAACCGGACGAAUGUGUUCGCAAAAUAUUUAAUAAACACUUAAAUAAUUCGAAUCGUAUUACGGCUUGGAUCUAAUGGGAGAUAGAGAUUGGAGGCCGUUUAUCUACGGCGGUCUGGCGUCGAUCAUUGCAGAAUUUGGGACGUUUCCCAUCGACACAACAAAGACCCGCCUGCAGAUCCAGGGGCAGCAGAUUGACCCGCGCCAUGUGGAGCUGCGCUACUCGGGCAUGGUGGACUGCUUUGUCAAGACUAGUCGCCAGGAGGGCAUCAAAGCCCUCUACUGUGGGAUAUGGCCGGCGGUCCUCCGGCAGGCGACGUACGGCACGAUAAAGUUCGGCACGUACUACUCGCUGAAGCAGGCGCUCGCGGCGCGGCGCGCGGACGGCGGCGCGGUCGAACACCUGCCCACCAACACCUUCUGCGCGGCCUUCGCGGGCGGCUUCUCUAGUGCGAUAGCCAACCCUACCGACGUGCUGAAAGUGCGCAUGCAGAUGGGGUCGGAGAAGCGCCGGCUGGCGCGCUGCCUGGUGGACCUGUACCGGGUGGAGGGCGCGCGCGGGCUGUGGCGCGGCGUGGGCGCCACCAGCCAGCGCGCCGCCGUCAUCGCGGCCGUGGAGCUGCCGGUGUACGACGCCUGCAAGAAGCGCCUGCUGCCGCGCCUGGGCGACUCGCCCGCCAACCACUUCGCCUCCAGCCUGCUGGCCAGUCUCGGCAGUGCCGUCGCCAGCACGCCGCUGGACGUCAUCAGGACGAGAAUGAUGAACCAAAGAAAAGCGAAAGGCCACGUCAGCAGGCCGUCCGAGAAGAUAUACACCGGCACCAUCGACUGCUUCUUGCGGACGGUGCGCAGCGAGGGUUUCGUGGCGCUGUACAAGGGCUUCGUGCCCACGUGGCUGCGCAUGGGGCCCUGGAACAUCAUCUUCUUCCUCUCCUACGAGCAGCUCAAGCAGCUCUACUGAACCACUGAACGCCAGGGUACAGAGUACUACUAUACAAAACAUGGUCCCAUCGGCGCGGCGGCUGCAGGAGAGCACUCGGCGCCCCGUGAGCAGCGCGCCGCCGCCGCCGCCGCCGGGUGAGGACGCCUCGGACCGAACACGUGCACUAUGUCGCUUAAUAGUUUAGUACGCAACGGUUUGACAGAGAUAAGGUAUUCGUUGUCUUCAUUACUGCCAAAUGUUUAUUUUUAAGCAUUUUGUAAAGUUCCUGCCGUUUGAGUUAGAAUAUUAGUGGAUAAGGUUUUUAAAACAAUCGGUUAA